AAAUUGGAAAGAAAAAAAAAAGAGAGAGAAAAAUAAAGAAUUCGCCUCCCGGGGAGACGCCGUCGUUUCAACGCCGGUGACUCCAUCCCACUGUUCCCUUCCUCCUGAACCUGAACUUUCUGGAAGACGAUGAAGCGAACCUUCAAAUUCUCUCUGCCUGUAGCCGUGGUCGUUUUGGCCAUCGCCUUCAUAUACUUCUCAACGGUCUUCAUUUUCAUAGACCGCUGGUUUGGUCUCAUGUCUUCCCCUGGGAUCAUGAACGCCGCCGUUUUCACCGCCGUUGCCCUCAUGUGCGUAUCUAACUACGUCGUCUCCGUGCACACGGAUCCGGGCCGGGUCCCCUCCACUUACAUGCCGGAUAUUGAAGAUUCGGAGAAUCCUAUCCAUGAGAUCAAGCGCAAGGGAGGCGACCUGAGGUUUUGCCAAAAGUGUUCUCACUUUAAACCUCCCCGUGCUCAUCAUUGUCGUGUUUGUAAAAGAUGUGUUUUAAGAAUGGACCAUCAUUGCAUUUGGAUAAAUAACUGUGUUGGCCAUGCAAACUAUAAAGUCUUCUUCGUCUUUAUUGUGUAUGCGGUGAUUGCAUGCAUCUACUCCCUGGUUUUGCUUCUGGGCAGUCUGACUGUUGAUACUGGAAAGGAUGAGCAGCAGAUGGACUCUUUCAGAACUGCAUAUGUCAUUUCUGGACUCUUGCUCGUCCCCUUGAGCAUUGCAUUAAGUGUUCUUCUAGGCUGGCAUGUGUAUCUCAUCUUGCACAACAAGACAACAAUUGAGUACCAUGAAGGGGUGAGGGCCAUGUGGCUUGCAGAGAAAGGCGGGCAGGUCUAUAAGCAUCCAUAUGAUAUUGGUGCCUAUGAGAAUCUGACAACAGUGCUGGGUCCAAACAUCCUAUGUUGGAUAUGCCCCACAUCAAGACACACUGGUUUUGGUCUCCGCUUUCGCACAGCCUUCGAUAGUAUUGCUGGUUCAUCUGUCCCCAAAUGAAGGCUUGGUGUCGAUAUUCAUGUGAGGCAUUGCGGUGGUUAUCAGUGUCUGGGUUGCAAAAGAGCAGAUUUUGUGAUAACCUCUGGCUGUACCGUUCCAAGUGUUCUAAAUUUUUACUGCACUGGCUUCCACUACGGUAGUUUAGCAAGAGAAGGAAACACCUUUUGUUUCUUCAUUUGUUGCAGGAUGUUUAGGCCUUUAAGAAACUGUUUGCUGCAAGCAAAUUUUCCGGGGAAUUAUGUGAGAGGGAACAAUAGCAAAUCAACCGAUGAAGCAGUUAGGAGGAUGCUAUACCGGUGGGUCUUCCGUUUCUUUAUUUUCUUUUUUCUCCUUAAAUUUUGACAUUUCUGUACCUAGUUUGUUGGAUAUUUUUUGCAGUUGAUACAUGUACAAAGAGGGAUCAGGAGAAUCCCAGGUCACAAUGAAAAAUGUAAAAAAGAAGGAUACUUGAAAAGAAAAGAGGUAACUGUUUUAACUUGAAAAUGUGAAAAAUGAAGUGUACAUUUUCCUGUUCUUUUUCUUUUCUUCCUUUCCUCAAACUUUAAAUGUAUCAUCAUGAACGGUUACAACAUCGGCUGAUGUCGGAACGGACGGUUCGGAUACAUUUUAAGAGAACUUCAGUAAUUUUUUUCUGAUCCAA